AUGGCUGCUCCACCCGCCAGAGCUCGGGCCGAUUAUGAUUAUCUCAUCAAGCUUCUCUUGAUCGGCGAUAGCGGUGUGGGUAAGAGUUGCCUUCUUUUACGUUUUUCGGAUGGUUCUUUCACCACCAGUUUCAUCACUACCAUUGGGAUUGAUUUCAAGAUAAGAACUAUUGAGCUUGAUGGAAAGAGGAUCAAAUUGCAAAUAUGGGAUACUGCAGGUCAAGAACGAUUCAGAACUAUCACAACUGCUUACUACCGUGGAGCAAUGGGUAUAUUGUUGGUUUAUGACGUCACGGACGAGUCAUCCUUCAACAACAUCAGGAAUUGGAUCAGAAACAUCGAACAGCACGCAUCUGACAAUGUCAACAAAAUACUCGUCGGGAACAAGGCUGACAUGGAUGAAAGUAAAAGGGCUGUUCCUACCUCGAAAGGUCAGGCACUUGCCGAUGAAUAUGGAAUCAAGUUUUUUGAGACCAGUGCUAAGACAAACUUGAACGUGGAGGAGGUUUUCUUCUCAAUCGCCAGGGACAUCAAGCAAAGACUUGCCGAGACAGACUCCAAGACUGAGCCUCAGGCCAUAAGGAUUAACCAACCGGACCAAACAAUUGGAGCUGCCCAAGCCAUUCAAAAAUCCGCUUGCUGUGGCUCUUGA